AUGCGGCUCGUCUCGAGCGCUUUACUCUCUCCGAUGCCUCGUGACUCGGAAAACCAUGAAAAACCGAGUCGGCAUCCUCACGAGACCUCUCGCUUAACGCUUCUGAAGCGCGGCGACGAUCUCCUUCUGGGCUGGCCUGCCGUUCUUAGCGAACAGCGCCUGUUGUCGUCCGCUCCAUAUCGUGGUGCCGCCCUUCGUCACGCUGACCUGGAUGGGGUAGGAGUCUAUCCUGUUGGGCACGACUUUCGCAUGCUUGUGCACUUUGCGAAUGGCGUCGCGCGCCGCGUUGUACUCCUGCUGCCCGCCGUCUCAGUUGCGGCAGUAGGUGACCACGUACGUGUCCUCGUCCACGGGGGCGCCCGCGUCGGGUGGGGUGUCGUCCCAGGGAAACCAACCCAUGACGUCGAUGAGCCCGUCGGUUCGCCGCCGGCGCGCCGUUCGUGUGACACACGGGAAAACGUGGAGGCGGCUGCGAUGAGCCCGCUUUCGCCUGCGAAAGCUCGCAGGUGGUAA